AUGGACCUGUCGUUCGCCAUCCCCCAGGCCGUCCUGCGCCACGUUGCUUUCCGCCAUUCGCUGGGUGACGAUGAUGCCCUCCUGCGCCUCCCCGUUUACGCCGCCGCGGUCUCUGCGUCUGUGCUGCUGGUGCAGACCGGGGUGGCAUUCCGCUCUCGGGGAGGGUCGACGGGGGCCACGCCGGCGAUUGGCUGGGGUGCUAUCCUUGCGUGGCGCGUCACGCGGUUUGUCGCUACCGCGGCAGCGUUAGGGCUUUCGGUCGCGGUGGCUAUUGACGAGGGAGAUACGUGGCAGGAGAUGCUGCUUGGAACGGGGCCAUAUCUCUACGCGGCUUUUCUGUCGUUCUUCACCCUAGACCCCCGGAAGUACCGCCAGCGGCUCGUGUGCCACGCCAACUUCGUCCUCCUUGCCGCGUCCGCGCUCUACAUCUACCGCGACGUCAUGCCGCUCGCCACAUUCACGCAGGAGCCGCUCGACCGUGGCGCGAAGAUGGUAGCCAAAAUUGCAUUGGUGUUCUUCAGCGGCCUUGUCGUGCCGCUAUUCACACCACGGCUCUACACACCCGUCGAUCCCUCUAACCCGCAAAAAGAGCUCAACCCUGAGCAGACCGCGUCGGUCUUCAGCUUCGCGCUCUACUUCUUUCUCGACACCAUCAUCUUCGCCGCGUAUCGCCAGAAGGAGGUCCCCGAGGACCAGCUCUACGCGCUGUGCGACACCGACGGGGCCGAGCACCUCAAGCGGCGCAGCUUCAAGUUCCUCGAUGUCUUCUCCGGCGCCAAACAACGCCACCCGUUCUUCGGCCUCAUGCGUGUCUAUUGGAGAGAAUUCGCAGCCCUGUUUGCGCUCGUCGUCGUCCGCUGCCUCGCCAACUACACGGGGCCGUUCGCGAUGAACCGGCUCUUGCUGUACAUCGAGACGCGCGACCAGCCCGACAGCCACGUCGUGCGCCCGUGGGUGUGGAUCGCGCUCGUCGCGGGCGGGCCGCUCAUCGGCGCGCUCGCGUUCCAGGCGUACAUCUUUGUCAACACGCGCACGCUGGUGUGGACCGAGUCGGUCGUCACGCAGCUCGUCUUCGCGCACAGUCUGCGCAUCCGCGUCAAAGCGGACAGCAGAGAUGAUGAAGACGCUCAGGCAGCGGCGACUGACCAACAGCCCGUUGCGGCGGCGGUGAGUGAGUCCGGGAGCACGAGCGCGGCUGAGGGCGAUGCGGAAUCGACAACGAUCCAGCCCAGUUCGGCGAGUGUCCGCUCGUCGAGCAGCAGCAGUGCGGCACAGAAAGACGGCAAUCAAAAGACUGCAAAGCAGGCCGACAAGAAGGCGGAGGAGAAGGGCCAGUCGAUGGUGGGGAAAAUCAACAACUUGGUGACAACCGACCUGUGCGUGAUUCUUCCGCUCGUCCAGCGUCUGACUCACGCGCUCCAGCGGCAACAUCAGUGGGUGUUCCUGUCCCUCCUGCGCGACACGCUGAGCUGGUGUAUAGCCGACAGCCGCGACUUCAUCGAUCUGUUCCUGUACAUCCCGCUGCAGCUGGUCAUCGGGAUAUACUUCCUGUAUGUGCUCCUCGGGUGGUCCGUGUGGGUCGGCGUCGCGUCGAUCGUGCUCCUGGCGCCGCUGCCGGGGUACAUGGGGAGCCUCGUCGGGAAGGUGCAGAAGCAGCGCCUGAAGCGGACGGACGAGCGGGUGUCCAGUGUCAGCGAAGCCGUCAAUGUGCUGCGGAUGAUUAAGCUAUUUGGCUGGGAACAGAAGAUGGAGGACAGAAUCCUCGAAAAGCGCGACCUGGAGCUCUCCUGGAUCCGCAAGCGGCAGUUCAUUGAACUUAUCAGCAGCACUGUUAAUUUUCUCAUCCCUGUGACCACAAUGGUCUUGACUUACGGGACCUACACCUUGAUUAUGAAGGAGGCGUUGACGGCGUCAAAGGUCUUCUCCAGCAUGACCAUAUUCGACUUCCUAAGGGAAACCAUCGCCAUUGUCACCUACCGCAUAAACCAGUCCAUGUCGGGGAAAGUCUCGCUCGACCGUCUGUACGCGUUCCUGCGCGACGUCAGUCUCCUGUCCGCCCAGAUUACACCGCAUAUUCACACCCCGAUACAGACAGAGCUGCUCGACGAGUUCAGCCCCAAGGACACAGACGCCGCCGCACUGCUCGGCGACGCGGCCGCCGCCGACGAGCGGAUCGGCUUCCGCAAUGCGCCGUUCGCGUGGGCACGGGAAGCAGACGGGGCGCGGACGCGGACGCGCGCGCGGCGGUUCCAGCUCAAAGUCGAUGGCGAGGUGCUGUUUGCGCAGGGGAAGAUCAACCUCGUGAUCGGCCCGACCGGCGCUGGCAAGACAUCGCUGCUUAUGGCGCUGCUUGGGGAGAUGCACUUCAUGCCGUCCACGCCCGACGCGUGGUACAAUCUGCCGCGCGCGGGCGGCGUCGCGUAUGCCGCGCAGGAGUCGUGGGUGCUCAACGAGACGAUCCGGGAGAACAUCACGUUCGACACGCCGUAUGACGAGGCGCGGUACCGCAAGGUGCUGUAUCAGUGCGCGCUGGAGCCGGACUUGAGGCUCUUCCAAGCCGGCGACCAGACCGAGGUCGGGGAGAAAGGGUUGACACUGUCCGGAGGGCAAAAGGCGAGGCUGACGCUUGCGCGGGCUGUCUACUCAAAUGCGAAGAUCCUCCUCCUGGACGACAUCUUGGCUGCGCUGGACGUGCAUACUGCCCAAUGGAUCGUCGAAAAACUCUUUGGCGGAGAUCUUAUCGAGAACCGCACGGUCAUCCUUGUGACGCAUAACAUCGCACUCACGCGUCCCAUCGCGGACUAUAUCGUCACAUUUGGUUCGGACGGGCGCAUUCAAGCGCAAGGCACUGUCUCGGAGCUCAGCAAACGCGGCUCCGUCAUGGCCCAGAUCGAGGCGGCUGUGGCAGAGGAUGCGGAGCAACUCGACAAGCAGCAGGAGGUCAUCGACCCGAAGGUGCCCGAGGACAACAAGCCCAAGAGCGGCGACGGAAAAUUGAUUGUAGCGGAGGAGAUUCAGAUGGGCCACGUCAGUAGUGCAGCACGCAAGUCCUUUACUUCUCGCAUGCCUGUCAAGAUGUAUUUCUCCGCGAUGGGCGGGAAACAUCCGGUCAUGUUCUUCGUGAUUCUUUAUGGCAGCCUCUUGUUCAACCAGAGCUUCGUCAUUUUGCGCACGUGGCAGCUUGGGCGGUGGGCAAAGCAGUAUGAUGAUCGGCCACCCAGCGAGGUCAAUGUGGUCCUAAACCUCUCGAUCUUCAGCGGAAUCGUCUUCAUCUCGACUUCUGCGCUCAGCUUCGUGUACCUCUUCCUCGUGUUUGGCCAACUGCGCGCAUCUAAAAUCAUACACCGCCACCUAAUCGAAUCGGUGCUUACCGCGCCGCUGCGCUGGCUCGAUGUGACGCCUGUCUCGCGGAUUCUUGCGCGGGUGACGAAUGACGUCCGUGCCGUGGACGACUCGAUCCCGCGACAGAUUUGGCCUCUGUCGGCGCUGCUCAGCUCGAUGCUGGUGCGUUUCGGUGCGAUUCUGCUCUAUGCACCGGUGUUCUUCUUCCCGGGCGUCGCCGUCGGCGCGUUUGGCGCGUGGAUGGGGCAGGUCUACAUUGCGGGACAGCUCCCGGUCAAGCGUCUGAUGUCGAAUACCCGGGCCCCCGUUCUUGCUCAUUUCGGCGCCGCCAUCGCGGGACUCACUUCUAUCCGGGCGUUUGGAGCCCAGGAAAAGUUUACAAGGGAGUCUCUUGUCCGGAUCGACAGAUAUACCAGAGCCGCGCGCAACUACUACAACCUGAACAGAUGGAUAGGCAUCCGCGUGGACAUUCUGGGAGCGGUCUUCUCGGCAAGUCUGGCAACAUACCUGCUCUAUAUUCGCCCCACGAGCGCGGGCGACGCCGGAUUCAUCAUCAGCAUGGCGCUGGUGUUCACGCAGAUGCUUCUCUGGGUCGUGCGGACCGUGAACGACUUUGAAGUCGAGAGCAACAGCCUCGAGCGGAUCAAGGGCUACCUCGACAUCGACCACGAGAAGCCGGCCACCCCUUCGGGCGUGCCGCCGGCGUAUUGGCCUGCCAGCGGAGAGCUCGUCGUCGAGAAUCUGUCGGCGCGGUACUCUGAGGACGGGCCGAACGUCCUCCAUAAUCUGUCUUUCCGCGUGAAGGCGGGGGAGCGUGUUGGAAUCGUGGGCAGGACAGGGUCCGGAAAGAGCUCACUAACUCUCUCCCUCUUGCGCUGCAUCCCAACUGACGGUUUGGUCUCGUAUGACGGUCUAGACACCUCGAAGCUCAAUCUCGAUGCCCUCCGUUCGAGUAUAACUAUCAUUCCCCAAGUUCCAGAGCUUCUGAGCGGUACCCUGCGCUCGAACCUGGAUCCGUUCGGGCAGCAGGACGACGCCACCCUGAAUCAUGCAUUACAGGCGGCGGGGCUGGCUGCUCUGCAGAGCGACAUGGACGACGGCCGUAUCACGCUUGAUAGCCCUCUGUCCGCUGGGGGCGGGAACUUGAGCGUGGGCCAACGCCAGAUUUUCGCGCUGGCCAGGGCAAUCGUACGCAAGAGCAAGAUACUGAUUCUUGACGAGGCAACGUCUGCCAUCGAUUAUAAAACCGACGCGAUAAUCCAGAACUCGCUGCGCCAAGAGCUGCAGGGCGACGUGAGCCUGCUCACCGUCGCGCACCGGCUGCAGACAAUUAUGGACGCCGAUAAGAUUAUGGUGCUGGAUGCGGGGAAGAUUGUGGAAUAUGAUGCCCCCAAGGCGCUCCUCCAGAUCGAGGGCGGAAAGCUGCGUGCGCUGGUGGACGAAUCUGGCGACAGAGAGAAUCUGUACCGGAUGGCUGGCGUUUUAUUGGAUUAG